AUGAGAAGCCCUAACUGCCUGUUUAAGCAGGCUAAGCAACUUGGGGUCCAAUCAGCUGGGGCACCUGGCAGCAACGUUGACAUCACUAGCAUUCGCGAUUCUCAAAGGAGCAACUUUGUGAACGCAGAGGCGGCCAGCAAUCAAAAUACACAAGACAAGAACCUUUGCGAAACAGAUGCUGAGCUAGACUAUUGCUUUGCGCACGAUCAACCAUUUGUGUUUACAAACAGUGAUGACACUCAGGAGAAUGGAACAGAUUCCAUUGCUGACUCUGCCUCUUUACUAGAAGAUUGGGACGUUAUUGGAAAAAUGGAAGCAUUUACAUUCGCAACAUCAACACAGGUGCCUCUACCAAUACGUGUCAAAAUAUGCAAUCUUGAAGGGAAGCAGAGACAGAUACCCUACUCUGAACUCCUUCAAAAUGAAAGACUUCGGCACCUCGGGUCAAGUCAGAACCCGAUAUCUGAUCUUUAUGUUACAGUGCAGUUGUGGUCCAGCUGCAAACCUUUGGGUGUCAACAUGCAAACGUCAUACAAAUCGUUCAAGACGUCGCGCACUUGGAAUGAGUGGCUCGAAAUGCCAGUCCUGAUCAAGGAUGCCCCCCAGAAUUCCCAGCUAGGUAUUACCAUCUGGGAUCUCGAUCCAAUGGGUGAUGAUUCGUUCCAUGGCCACUCAACUCCCUUUGGUGGCACUACAAUUUCCAUUUUUGAUGAGGAUGGUACGCUUAAGAAGGGGAAGCAAAAAUGCAAGAUAUAUAGGCAUAAAGCAGCAGAUGGUUUCACCAACACGACCACUCCAAGCAUACCUACCCCCAAGCGCCGAACCGGUCAGUUUGUUGAAGAAGGCCUUACGCCUGAAGAGUUGGAGUUGGAGCGCCUCGAGAAGCUUCUAAAAAAGCACGAAAUGGGUGAGAUUCCCAGGGUCGACUGGUUGGACCAGUUGGUUUUUCGAGCAGUAGAGAAGAAGAAAAUCGAAGCCGAAGAAGCUGCUAAAAAGCGUGCGUUACGAAAUAAAGUCGCCCGAGAGAAAUACAUCGCCGAGAAUGGCGUGGAGGCAAAUGAGUUAGGAGACGAUGGCAUAGAUGAGGAGAAUUUUGUGCUCUACGUUGAAUUUCCGCGUUAUGAUUUUCCUAUUGUCUUUCAAGACUUUGAAUAUCCACCGCCACCUAUCUCCACUUUCUCCCAGAAAACUAACUCCAUGAGCCAAACGCUUCGUCCGCCCCCCGAAGUUCGUCUUGGCCCUGGAAUUGGCGGUGCUGACGAUGACGAGAACUACCCAAUUAUCAAAGUUUACGACCCUGAGGUGGGUCAAAAGGGAAACCCAUGCGAAGACAAACAUCGUAGAUUAGUUCGAAGUCACCGAACCGGAAUUAUGGAUCGCGAUCUCAAGCCCAACGCGAAAAUCCGGGAUGAAUUGAAUGAUAUCAUGUCUUAUGGACCUACUCAGGAAUUAAAUUCCGAGGAAAAGGAUCUUGUCUGGAAGUUCAGAUACUAUCUCACCCGCGAAAAGCAAGCGCUCACCAAGUUCGUGAAGUCUGUCAAUUGGCAAGAUGCUAGCGAAGCACGCCAGGCCGUUGAAAUUCUUCCAAAAUGGACCGAAAUAGGCAUAGAUGAUGCUCUUGAAUUACUUGGCCCAACCUUUGAUAACCCUGCUGUUCGAGCCUACGCUGUUGAGCGUCUGAGGAAAUCUGAUGAUGAGGAGCUACUGCUAUACUUGUUGCAACUCGUGCAGGCCUUGAAAUAUGAAGGCAUUCCUGAACAUGCAACGGAAGAGUCUGCGCAGGACUCUUCCUUGAGUAACUUUCUGGUUACCCGAGCUGCGCAAAACGUUCUUCUCGGGAGCUAUCUUCACUGGUAUCUGAUGGUCGAAUGCGACGACAACACGGGCAACUCAUCUGCUCACCGUGAACUGUUCGCCCGCGUCGAAUAUUAUUUCAUGGUUGAGCUAGAAAGGGUUAACCCUGACCAGAGAAAGACUCUCUUAAGACAGGGCGAACUCAUUACCGUAUUUUCAUCGAUCUCCAAGGACAUCCGGUUGUCUAAGAUCAACCGCAAUGCGAAGAUUGAACAGCUGAAAAAGUGUCUAGCAGAUCCCAAAAACGAGAUCGUGCAGAUCGAUCCGCCACUACCUCUCCCUCUAGACCCUGAAGUUCGAAUUAUCGGGUGUUUCCCAGAAGAGUCGAAUGUCUUCAAGUCUUCUCUAUCACCUCUCCUUAUUAACUUUAAGCUUGCUGGUGGGCGAAAGUACCCGGUUAUAUUUAAAGUGGGAGAUGACCUUCGACAAGAUCAAUUGGUCAUCCAGAUCAUUAGUCUCAUGGACCAGUUACUAAAAAAAGAGAACUUGGACCUGAAGCUUACCCCUUAUCGUGUUCUUGCGACCAGCGCAAAUGCUGGGGCUAUGCAAUUUGUCCCAUCGACCUCCCUUUCGGCCGCGUCUGAGAAAUACAAAGGUUCAAUCCUGGCGUUCUUGAAAGCAAAUAACCCCGACGAAAGCGAGCCUUUAGGCGUACGUAAAGAGGCAAUGGAUACCUAUAUCAAAUCCUGUGCGGGAUAUUGCGUAAUUACGUAUCUUUUAGGGGUUGGAGACCGGCAUUUGGAAAAUCUCUUACUGGCUCCAGACGGCCAUUUCUUCCAUGCCGAUUUCGGAUUUAUUCUUGGCCGCGAUCCAAAACCCUUUGCACCAAUGAUGAAACUAUCCAAAGAAAUGAUCGAAGGAAUGGGCGGUGCGAACUCUCCAAAUUAUCUCCAAUUUAAACAGCACUGUUUCACGGCGUACACUACGUUGAGGAAAUCUGCCAAUCUUAUUCUGAACCUGUUUAGUUUGAUGGCUGAUGCGAACAUUCCUGACAUUCGAGUCGAGCCAGAUAAGGCGGUGUUGAAAGUUAAGGAGCGGUUCCACCUUGAGUUGAGUGAAGAAGAGGCCAUUCGCCAUUUUGAACAGCUGAUUAUUGAGAGUGUCAACGCGGUCUUUGGGGCAGUCAUUGAUCGCAUUCAUGAUCUUGUUCAGGGGUGGCGAGCUUGA